CUAUUCUAUUCUUCUAUUCUAAAUCUUCUUCAUAUAGUUAUAUUCCCUCAUGUAUGUUACGCAGCUCUGUUCAUUGGUCUCAAGAACCCUCAUUAAGUGCGGAGGUAAGAUAGCUCGUUGAAAUCACACAAUCCAGUUGCAAUAAAGUACCUUUCAAUAUGUUUGAUUAGAUAAUUGGAGUAAAGAAAAAAUUUUUAAUUGUAUUCUACGAAGAAACAGCUUGCGGUUCAGCUUGUUCUUUGAAUUUUUUCCUUGAUUUUCAUCUCUAGGAGAAUGUAACAUUCAGAAUUUUUAACAUUCGAAGUUUUCUGACGAGCGAUCGUACAGAUGAUGUAGCGCAAAAAAUUGUGUUGAUAUAGAUUAUGGGCAAAAUUUAAUGGUAGUUAAAAGACGCCUUGCGACAAAUUACAAGCUUAUAAUCAACCAUGUCUCUGGCGGUUGUUCCUAGCCAUGAGUACGGAGAAUUUGCUGACGCUAUACGCAAAUGUCAUCCUCAUUCGUCCCGGAUCGAAGCGAUGCUUCGUGGUCACCUCAAGUACGAAUAUUUUGGCCUCAUUGACGCCAAGCUUUACGCACCGAUUCUGCCUGAACACCGACACCACAUGGCCGUCAUCACACCUACAAGCUCAAAUGAAAAAGUGAAGUCCGUGUCGCUCUUCUGGGACGAAGAGUUACUAUCAGACGACGUUGUCUUCCAGCUGUUGAGUUCCUUGCCUAUGGACGGUUGGAUACACCCCAUCAUGAUACGUCACUUGCCUACGCUAUUACUGCCUAAGAUGGACGCAAUGAUGCUUAAGUUGUCCGGGGGUCAAAUGCGCCUCUUCGCGAGCACUCACCUCGUCAACCUCAUUUUGACCCCUGAAGACACACCACCAGUACCAGAGUUGCCAAAAGGAUACCAUUUUGGCAGAUUGGAUGCAACUUUUGGGCAAGAACUAUGGCACAAACAGAAGGCAGCUUUCGAAGAAUCCGAACAGAAUUUUUCUAAGCAGCUUGAAAUACUUCCGUCCGUUGCAAUAUUUUACGACGGCGACUCAACAACUUGCACCGAGUCAACUGAUGAAAAAAAUCUAUUUCCGAAGAAUUCUGAAAAUUCAGCAGGCGAGAGAGCUCGGGAGCUUGUUAGUUACAUUGCUUACAAAUUCUGCUCAGACUCGGGCAUGACUCACACAGAGGAUUGUCACCGCAGAAAAGGGUUAGCCCGAGCAGCGACUCUGAAGUUAGUUCAUCAGCUUCACAGUGAUGGAAUCCCAGCACUGGUUGGACUCAAGCGCGAUGAUGACUUGUCUUGGAAAAUGGACGCCCGCCUUCGCCUUGGCUUUAAGCCACACGCGGAGUUUGCGAUUCCUAUAUAUUUCCCAAGUAGUUUCGAUUUUAAAACCAUGUCGCACUAUUUUCAGUUUGAAAAAAGAUUUGCACUUGAAAUAGAACGUUUUAAACAAAAUAGUCAACUUGACCACAGCAAGAUGUCGUUGGCCGAGGUGCCCUCUGAUCAAUUUGAAACCUUCGCCGCAGGUUUAGUCGAGUUUCUCCCCCACUCUUACCAGAUCGAAGCAAUGCUGCACGGGCACCUCAAGUACAAUUAUUUCAGCAUUUUCGACGUCAAGCUUUACGCGCCGAUAAAUACUGUGCACCGUCACCAUAUGGCUGUGCUCACACCUGCGGGAACAGCGAUGGAUGCCAUCAUGCUAAGACUUACAGAAGGAAGGUCUCAUCUUCUGAUGCCGAUACCCAUCAUAACGAUGACCCUGGCCCCUGAAGACGUAUCUCCUGUGCCCCAAUUACCGGAAGGAUAUUAUUUCGGAGAUCUAGCAGCCAGCUGCAGUGAAGAGAUUCUCUCGCGGUGGGUGGGAGCAUCAACUGAAAAUGUCGAGGUCUACUCCAAGCUAUUGGUCACUUUACCUUCAGUGGCGAUAUACUACAGAGGAGAACCAAACUCAUCCGCUACCGAUAACAACGAAUUAUGUGAACUUUCCGCGAUAAAAGGUCAUGAAAGAGGAGAACUUGCAAGCUACUCUAUUUACAAGCACAGUGCGGACUCUGGCAUUACUUUCACCAAGGAAAGUCAUCGCAGGAAAGGAUUAGCAAGAGCCGUAACUCUUCAGUUGGCCGAAAGGCUUCGACAGGACGGCAUUCGAUCUUAUGUCGUUACUGAUGACGAUAAUGAGCUGUCUAUUGAUAUGCACUCCAAGAUUGGGUUCAAACGCUAUACGGAGGCAGCUAUUCCAUUCUACAUCCCUGAAGGUUUUGACUUCACUAGCAUCCCAAAUUUUUUCACUCAUGAAGACUAUAGGGACAUUAUAAAACAGUGGGAGGAAUCGUUCACGCCGAAAUCGGCGUGAUGUAAUCUUUCCAAACAAUUUAAAUUCUCUUCGAUUCCUUUGAAACUUCUAAUUAGUGCUAUAAAAAUAGUAUACUGCAUCAUAAUUAUUUAACUUUGCAUUACUUUAUUCUUAAAAGUUGAUGUAUCGAAAACUGGGAUAUCGAAAAGUUCAUAAUUAAGUUGGCCGAUAAAUUAUGCACCGCUUGAUGUUAAGUGAGCACGUAAUCUCGGCAUUUCGACCUCUGCACCAAGCAGCAUCUGCUGCAAUGAACAGUACUACAUAGAAAAGCUAUUUAUUACAUUUGACUGCGCCUGCAGUAUUCAGUCGAAUAAUGUUCGGGACCGCUAAAGUAAGAGUUCAGGUCAUGGGGAACAAGACGAAUUUCGAACAUUUGGAGAUUCGUCAAUAUUCAGCUAUUUACUUACGAACAGUAUAUUGUCAGAUGCUCUGGUGUUUGGACUAGAGAAUGGAAAGGGACAGGGACAAGUUAGUUUAGUUUAGUGGCCAAAUGUUUACUAGCGCUUC